GUCUGUAAAGUACAUGGUUCAUGGUGUUGUGCAUACUUUUUCGGUUUAGUUGUUUUUAAAAAAUUGUAGUGUAAAAUCAGUGUGUUUUUGUCGAACUCUCCACCUCAUCAAAAUGUCGGGCGUUAUUGACACUUUGAUCGAAAUGGGCUUUACGAAAGAACGAGCUGAGUUAGCAGUUGCGAAAACGGGAACGGAAGAUAUCCAAACAGCAAUGGACUGGUUGUUAUCGCACGAAGACGAGCUAGGAGAUGUUCAACCGCAACCAAGCCAACCAGCCGAAGAGCCUCCAUCCAAUCAAAACCCCGAAGAGCCAGAACCCCAAGCCACCCCAGAAGAACAGGUAGUUAGGUCAAUUAAAUGCGAAGAUUGUGGUAAACUAUUCAAAACUCACGCUGAGGUGGAAUUCCAUGCCACAAAAUCGGGCCAUGAAAAUUUUUCUGAAUCGACUGAAGAGAAGAAACCCCUAACUGAAGAAGAGAAGAAAGAGCAACUGGCGAAAAUCGAAGCCAAGCUGAGGCAAAGACGCCUGGAACGGGAGGCGAGGGAGAAACAAGAAGCUCUGGAACGAGAGCGCACUCGCAUUAAGUCUGGCAAAGAGUUACUAGAAGCCAAAAAGAAACACGAUGAGCAGGAAAUGCGGAAGCUAGUUGAACAGCGAAAAAGAGAAAAAGAAGAGGAAAAACUGGCUAGGCAGCGAGUGAAAGAGCAAAUUGAGCAAGACAAAUUGGCAAGAAAGGCCAAGUUUUCCGGGCAACCGGCGGAAGUACCUGAGGUUCCUAGUUUGAGCCCACAACCGCCAGCUACGAAGCCACAAAUGGGUUAUUCAGAAGUCAUGUUACAAAUUAGGUUGACUAACGGGUCCUCCCUUGUACAGAAAUUUGGAGCCAAAGAACCGUUGUCUGCCGUGAGGCUGUAUGUGGAGAUGAAUAGGAAGGAUGGCGAUGGACCCUUUAGUCUUAUGACAAAUUACCCAAAGAAAGUUUUCGGGCCUGAAGAUUAUGAUGUACCUCUUGAAACUCUAGGAUUGGGACCUAGGGCUAUUCUUAUAGUUUCUAAGUCAUAAGUGACGCUUGAAUUUUUCCAUCAGUAAGCAUACUAUAGUUGCUUUAUUUAAUUUUAUUCAUUCUGGCAGUACACAAAUAUAGCUUUAAAAUAACACUGGAUAUGCUAUCAGGGAUGUUCAGAUGUAUCAUGUAAGUAUCUAAUGAUAAAAGUUAUUUUUUACUGGUUAUGCUAAGCAAUUGGAUCUACAUACGCCAGAGCUCUCACAUCAGUAUGUUUGCUAAAUUCAGAAUGUAACAUAUAUGUUAAUAAAUUUUUCAUAUUGUA